AUGGCUACUGGAAUCAAAAGAAGAAGAGUGAUUCACUCGUGUACUCACUGUCGUGAGAAGAAGCUGAAGUGUGAUAAAAUCAAACCAACAUGCGGGACCUGUACAAAGGCAAACAUCAAAUGUGAAUACACUGGUUUAGAUUUGGUUGAAUCAACUCUACAACAGCAAAUAUCUGAAGACCAAAUUGAUUUCCAUAGAUAUGGGAAAAUACUUUUGAAAGAUGGACCAUUAUCAUUUUUUACUAUAGUAUCAUUAGACCCAUUCGUGAAGUGUGUGUUGCACGUUGUAAAGGAUAAUAAAAGAUUACCAAUGAAAAUUCGUGAUGAGUUGGAUAGAGGGAAAAGAAAGAAAAGUUUGAUUCCAUCAAAUGAACUGUUUGAAUCAAUUAAACCUUUAAUUUCAAAUACUUUUGUUGUUUGGUCUUUAGUGGAUCAUUUUUUUGAAUCCGAACUUUUCAAUACUUGUUCAUUUUUUCAAAGAGAUGAUUUUAACAAAAAUUUAAUCAAUUUCAUUGGCCCUAAAUCAUACCCAGCGGUUAGAAGUAGAAUUGAUGGUCCAUAUGACUUCAUAUUUAUUGGAACUCUACUUGUGAUUUUGAGGAUUUCUUCGUGGUCAUUUUAUAAUGCAGGUUAUGAAGCUGAAUUCAUGCCCUUUACUGUGGAAUCUAUUGAUUUAGCUAAACAAUGUUAUGAAGAGGUUAGAUAUUCUUAUCAUCAUUACAGAACUCAACUAUUACAGUUUAUUUUGAUUUUGGAUUUUUAUCGAACUAAUUGUGCAGAAGAUCUUGAUUAUGUUGAGGGAUUUGAAAAUUCAGCCAAUUAUAUUUUAGCUCAAAGAUUGGCUAUAAAUUUAGGCUUAAACUUUGAAACCAAUGACGAACAUUUGAAGAGAUUAUGGUAUCAUCUAGUUGAACUUGAUACUAAUCAAUUUUUAAAAGAUGGGAAUUGUUCAUUCCUUAUUGAUGACAAGAGUUAUAGUACUCCGUUCCCACAAGAGCCAAAUGAUGCCACUAUUUACAUAAGGGAAAGAUUUAAAGUUCGUGAAUUAAUCAAACCUCUUGCUAUGAUGAUUACUGAUGUCGGGUUAAAGCCUUCAAUAAAAGAAUUAAAUUUGGGGUUGGAAAAACUAGAACAAUAUCUAAUAGAUCUAGAUUUGAAUUUCAUUUUGACAUUACCAAAUAAAGUUGAAAAAUGUGCAAAAUUCUUAAAUUUCCUGGACAUUAGCUCUUUGGUUUAUAUGGUUUUGUAUCACAUCUUUUUACACUACACAGGUAUUGAUACUCAAAAGGCAUUUGAAACUUUAGCAAGACUUUUAAGUAUAUCUAAUCCCGUUUUACAUGUGACUCAUUUCUUGGAUUCAACAAAGGACCAUUUUUACAAUCUACAACAACAAUUUGGACCAUCAUUUUUAAUUAUACCCAAGAUUUUAAUUACAUUGCACAAGUUUUUGCAAUUACAAAUAUCAUUGAUUGGGAGAACUAAUUACAUUUUACCAAAGGCCAAGAUUGAUGUUUCAUUUGAAGAAAUUAAAAGAAUCUCUUUUCAAAAUUCAAGAGUUAUCAUUGCAAACUUUGGAAGAAUCUCUGACAAGUAUUUUUAUGCCAAAAGAAUGAAUAUGAUUCAAACAGUUUUAUUUGUCAACACUUUUGGCACAACAUCUGAGUCACCAGUUGCUCCAAAUUAUAUAAAGUUAUUGGAUAAUGAACCAAGAGUUGUUUCCUCCAAAGUUUUGACGGAGUUGGUUGAAUUAAAUUUACAAGCUCAAGCAUCAGCCAGUGCUGAUCAAGGGUUGGUUGACUUUCCUGAAAAUGAUCUAUUAGAUGUGAUGUUGGAUCAAGAAUCAAUUGAACAAUUGGAACAAAUGCUUAAUGCGCAAUCUUUUUUAUACUAA